AUGGCUCCCGUUGCCAAGGAAUUCGACAAGAUCAUCAAAGACGGCCGCGAGCGAAAGAAGAAUGAAGCGCUCGCCAGCAAGAUCUUUUCCAAGGGCCGCCGCCAAAGCGCGCCGUCCAAGCUCAAGGCCGCAGCUGGGCCGUCUCUUGCUAGUCGCGUCGGCGUGCGCAAGAUUCCACAGCGCGCCAUUACCUCGGCCCGCCGCGCCAGCGUCCCUGUUGGGAACCUCGACGGCGAAUGGACGCACGAUUUGCACCACACGCUACGAGGUGGUGCGGCCUCUACAUCCCUCGGCGCCCGCGUGACGCUCCCCGGCGGCCAGAAUCUGCCCCGGCGAGCGGCGGCGCGCCAGGCCAAACUGGCCGCGGCCGCCGACGCCAUGGACAUUGACGGCAUCCAGGGCAGCAGCAGCAGGGUCAAGGCUGCGCGCAGCCAUGUCAACGUGCGAGAAUCAGUGGCGCCGCAGCAGGGCAUCUCGAUCCGCGGGCUCGCGGGCCCGUUUGCCGUCAUGGGGCAAAACUUUGCGCCGGGCACGACGCCGGCUGAUGUGGAAAGCGCCAUGACGCCGAUUGGCGGCGAAAUGAUUCGCUGUGCCGUCGUCAAGAUACAGCCGUUUGUCAUGAUGGAAAUGGUGUUUGCGUCCAAGGAGGGCGCGGAGCGCGUCAUUGAGACGUUCAACGACAAGACGGCCGAUGGCCGCAUCCUCAAGGUGUAUCCCAAAGUUGGCGGCUACCAGCCAAGCGGCAGCGCGGGGCAGCAACGCAACCCGCAGGUCGCCGACGGCAGCAGGGUCUUCGCUGGCGCCGACGUGGUGCAGAGCGUGUUUGGCAACAGUAACCAAGCGAGCGGCGACCUAUUUAGUGAUAGAAUGGUUGCUGGGAAGCGUGGUGGCCGUGGCGGUCGUCGCGGAGGACGCGCCUGA